GAGAAGCCAGAAUUGAGAAGGAUAGUGAAGUAAUUCAUGCUUCCAGGCCAUCCACUGAUGCUGUCUCUCUUCUCAUUUCAGUAAUACUACAGUUCUUCAGAAAGCAUCUGCAGAUGGAAAGCACAUCAUGAUAUGGAUCUAUGCCUCCGCAGCGAUUUGGCACGUGAUCCAAGUCCAGCUUAUGUCACGUGACCUACAUCUUUCCCACUUAUAAAUAAUCUCCAUCACCACUACACCUCCAAAUCAUCCAAACUCUAUUUGGAGGGGAAGCAAAGAAGCCAUUGAGAAUAGGUACUCAAAGGAACACCAUCAGUAGCAGUAGGAAAAGAAGCAAAAGCUGGAAGAGAAGGAAAAACACACCAGAAUUUGAAAGCCAGAGAAGAGGAAGAAGAAGAAGAACAACCCAAAACCAUUCCUCUCAUGGCAGCUUCAGAAGAGAUGAGGAAGGGCCCAUGGACUGAGCAAGAAGACAUGCAGCUGGUUUGCUAUGUUCAUCUCUUCGGCGAACGCCGGUGGGAUUUCAUAGCCAAAGUGACAGGUUUGAACAGAACAGGGAAGAGUUGCAGGCUCAGAUGGCUUAAUUAUCUUCAUCCUGGACUCAAACAUGGCCGAAUGACGCCACAGGAAGAGCAGCUCGUAGUAGAACUCCACUCUCGCUGGGGAAAUAGAUGGUCUCGAAUUGCCCGUAGACUCCCAGGUCGUACAGACAACGAGAUAAAGAACUACUGGAGGACUCAUAUGAGGAAGAAGGCUCAAGAGAGACAAAAAAGCUCUCAACUUUCUCCGUCAUCUUCCUCCUCCUCGUCCUCCUCACUGAACUCUAUCGCCGUCGCAGAGGCUGAGAACAAAUGGUUCGAACAGAUCAAUCAUGGCAGCUCAAUCUCGACAUCAGGGUUCGAGGCAGAAGUAGAACUCAAUGGUUACUCGAUGGAUCAAAUAUGGAAUGAGUUAGCUAUAUCAGAGAAUCCAUGGCUCAACUUUGAAGCACGCAAGGAAAAAUUUAAUGAACUGGAAAUCACAGAAAUGGCUUCUCCUCUGUGGGAUUACUCUGAAUCACAGAUGUGGAAGGUUGAUGAUGAGAAUCUGAAGCUUUUUUCUCCCAUGGCUGGUCUUGUGAUUCCAAAUUACCAGUAUGGAACUGGUAUCUGAUGAGCUCCCUUUCCUGAACCAAAAAAAAACUUCUUGAUCAUGCAGGGAACUUCGUUAGUUUCUGUUCUUGUAAGAUAGAAUCAAAACAUGUUAUAUUAUCAUGUGUGUGUUCUGUUUCUUUUACUCUGUAUGGUCAAUUCCCUGAAGAGAGAGAACUUAUGAAAAUAUUUUCAGUUCUCUUAUGUAAUUAAAAGAGGGAGUUGUAAUAUUAGAUUGUUGAUGUAAUGUUGCUUAUAUUGCAUUUCAGACUUUAUGUUGUUCUC